AUGCCGACCCACCAAAAUCUGCAGCCGAGUGUGGCUGGUGAAACUUCCCAACCCGGAAGGUUUUUCCGGGCCAGCAUGCAGCCCAACGCCACACUGUCUGUGGCGCAGCGGGCGGCUGCCAUCGAAGAUCAUAUCAAUCGCAACAAGAGCAAGGAGAACAAAACAACGGCAAAAGUAAAAGGUAAAGGAAAAGGGAGCGGGAUCGGAAACGGGAAUGGGAACGGGAAUAGUGAAGAGCCGUGGGAUGUACAGACUGGACACGGCCCAACUUCAUUGCAGGAAGCCAAUAUCGGAGAGGGAGAUUUAUGGCCCAAUGCCUCGCCAAUUGAUUCCGUACCCGAGCCGCAGUCCAUGAUCCCUGAUAAUAUCUCUGUCCAAUCUCACCUCCCUCUCGAUAAUGCUAAUAUUACCACCACCACCACCACCACCACCACCACCGCCGCCGCUACUACUACUGCACGCACCGCAACCUUAACCACAUUGCAAACUCCGACUCCUAGUCCAUACGCCUCUUUAUCAAGGGCUACACUAUCUCGACUUGCGUCUAUUGCGACUGGGAAACUCCGGCCGAGCCCAUCGUUCGAACCACCUCCUGGAAACGAGGUCGCAAAUCUCAGCUUCGUGUCGUCCGUUCUUGCGCUUGCGAAUGCCCCGUUUAUUACAGAUGCCAAUCGCAUAACCGAUCGGAAGCCAGAUCCUGAACUUGUCUCUGUGGAGACGCAGGAAACUUCCAGGAAAACCCCUUCCUGUCGUACAUCGCCGAUUCUUGCCGACACCAAUAUGCCACCCAAAAAUUUGAAAACGAUACCUGAUGAUGGCAGUUUGGAUGGCGGGGUUGCUAUGCCUAGGUUGGAAGACCUACUGCGUCAGCCAGAAGAUUUAGAUAAAAUACCGGCAUUGAAAGCUGAGUACUCUAGAAAAAAAGCGGCAGUGGACGCACAACUCCGCGAAGGAUUAAGGGACCAGCUUGAAACAGUACAACGAAGCAUAGGCCAGCUUACAGAGGGUCAACGGCAUGUCUUGAAAGUGAGAGACGAACUACAGGGUAUUGACAAAUUGUGUGCCGAAUCCCAAGGCACAGUUGGUGAUUUCUCGCAGAUAGAUAAGCUGGCUAGGAUUCAGCGGAAUUUCGAAGCCACAAUAAUGAUGAAAAAGGGCCUGGAGAGCUUCCAUAACGAGCUCAAUGAGGUUGAACGGUUAUUACGAGAAGAUGACCGGGAUCUUGAAAAUCAGCCAAAUCUUCUCAGUGUUCAUAUGGCUAUUAGCAAAUUGAGAGAUUUCCGGGACGAGGCUAUGGAUCAGAUACGCAAAGCCCAGGAUAGAAGCUCUGAAAAUACAUUGGUUGAGUGGUUUCAAGGCCUUGAUUCUGUGAUUGAGUGGUUCGAUGAUCAUCUCGGAACAGCUAUUAUGAAUCUUAUCCCGCUUAUACAGGCAGAUAACCGCAGUAUGGUAGUGCGCCUGGCUCUGGUUAUUAUGAACGAAGAGAAAAACGAUGCUAAAGUUCGAGCUUUGCAGGAGGCCCAGAAGGACCAUAAGGCUCUGGCCAGCCGGUUCAAGUCGCUAAACCUUGGCCCUAAGACCGUCAAAGGCUAUAAAGAGAAUUUUCUUAAGAGUAUCGAGUUAUAUGCACAGACCCAGUUUGAGAUAUCCAAAGAGACAUUUCUUGCUGACCCGGAUAAGCUGGAAAAGUGCUUCAAGUGGUUUUUCAAUGAUUUAUUUACCGUGAAACAAGGGAUGCAAUCUCUUAUGCCAAAGAAGUGGAAGAUAUAUAAGGUUUACACAAACAUCUAUCACCGAAUGAUGCAUGACUGGUUUAUCGAGUUUAUCAAUGACCCCGAACUCCCCACCGCAAAUAUGCUUGCCAUCAUACACUGGUCUGAAAAAUAUUACGAGAAAAUGGCGAAACUCGGUUGGAAACAAUCAGACCUUGUUCCCAACAUACUCGAUGACCGCGAGGGUGAGCUUGUCCGGGACUGGCGGAACCUCAUUAUCAAGACCCUGGACGAGUGGAUGGAGCGAAUGUGCACGGCCGACAAGAAAGCUUUACUCGACCGAGAUAACGACGCUUUAGAUACCAACCCGGAUGGAUACUUCCGCACAAAGACUCUGGGGGAUAUGUGGCGAAUGAUUCACGAGCAAACAGUAGCUGCAGGCUCGUCUGACCGAACAGAUGUAACAGAAGGAGUCAUAGAUGCCAUGUUCCGCGCUUUGAAAGCCCGACAAACCACUUGGCAAACUGUCCUCGAUGAGGAAUGCGCCAAGUACAAAAAUCCCACAACAGAUCAAACUGAAGGCAUGCAACAAUUGCAAGACUGGCUCAUCGCCGUCGCGAACGACCAAAUCGCCUGUAUCGAUGAUAACGACGAAGCCUCGAGCCAGCUGGGUUACCUCACCCGCUUCAAACGCGACUUCGAGCCACUCGUCACACCAAAAUACAUGGCAUCCCGCGCGACCAUGGAACUCGACAAUCUCCGCAACGGCUACGUCGACCUAAGCACGCACUGCAUAAGUCUCUUCAUCGAGCUGAUCUUCACCGUUGACUUUCGCACCACACUUCCAGACUUCUUCACGCAAAAAUGGUAUGGCGAGUUCGCCAUCAAACGCAUGGUGUCUACCUUUGAAGACUACAUGGCCGAUUAUAGCUCCGUGCUGCAUCCUAGUCUCACAGAUAUACUCGUCGAGGAACUCUCGGACGAGCUGCUUGUCCGCUACCUAUCCGCCAUCCGUAACAAGGGUGCCAAGUUCCGCCGCCAAGAUCCAUUCACGGAUAAGUUCAAAGAUGACGUCUUGACCGUCUUUGGGUUUUUCCAGAAAUUCCCGGAUGCGUUUGCAAGUACCAUCAAAGAUCGGUGGCGAUUGGUUGACUGGCUUGUUAGGUUGCUGGAGGCGGAGAAGGGUGCUGGUAUCGUGGCGGUCUAUGAGGCCUUUAAGACUGAGUAUUGGGACCUGCAGUUGUCUUGGGUUGAGGCGGUGUUGAGGAGUCGAGAUGAUUUUGAGAGGUCGAUGGUUAGUGCUGUUAAAGCAAAGGCUGCGGAGUUGUAUGUGGAGCGCGGCGUGGAAACUGUUAUGGGCAAAGUACGAUAA